AUGGAAGAGGAAGAAGUUCCAGAUAAGGAGGGAGUCCACCAGUGGCUCUCCGAAGAUUGGUUCCCUGAACAUCUUAAAAAAUACUGGUUUCAAAGACACCAGUGGUGGUCGAAGUACAACGAUGGGAUUUGGAUGACUGAACCUGCUUGGUUCGAAGUCACGCCGGAGCCCAUUGCUAAUAAAAUUGCGGCGCACAUCUCAGAGGCUGCGCCAGAAGAUAAAAAGGUCAUCGUGGAUACCUUUGCCGGCGUAGGCGGAAAUGCUAUUGCAUUCGCCCGUGAAGGCCGCUGGGAUCAAGUCUUCGCCAUCGAGAAAGACGAGAAGGCUGUCGCGUGCGGGAAGCACAACGCCAAAAUCUACGGCGUUGAAAAGAAGAUUGUUUGGAUCACCGGUGACUGCUUCAGCGUGGUCGAGAAGCGACUGCGGGGCAGAAAAGACGUCGUUAUUUUCGCCAGUCCGCCAUGGGGAGGGACCGAAUACAAUACAGAGGACAUCUUCGACCUCACUAAAAUGGAGCCGUACAAUCUGGAUAAAAUGUUUAAAAGCUUUUCCAGAAUCACCAGCGAGAUUGUGUUUUACCUUCCCAGGAAUUCGGAUCUUAACCAGGUGGCGCAGUAUGCGCCUGAGGGUGACGGGAAGCUUGAAGUCGCCCAUUACUGUAUAAAAGGUGCCAGCAAGGCGCUUUGUGUCUACUUCGGUAACUUUGAUUUUCCACAAGAAGAGGAAGAGGAAGAGGAAGAGGAAGAGGAGGAGGAGGGAGAGGAGGAGUAAAUAUACAAGAGCAGUAAAACAGACCAUGUUUUUCUAGGCACUUUGUUUCAUUCGUGUAUUUAAUUGGCACAUUAAUCAUCAUUUUCAGGGUAAAUGGAGGGGACACCCUCUACUAUUGUCGGAAAUCCUAC